UAAGGAGAUGCGCGGUAUUUGGUGUAGUCCUUGGAAACACUUCUGGUAAAUUCAACAAACCCUUGAGGCCAAAAGCUCAUCUCUUUUGCGCUCUCGCUAGUUUUGGAACUCCAGUUUUCCAAUGAAUUAUCUUGUCCACAUGAUAUUUUGGAGCUAAGUGUUUGUGUGUAUCAUAACCAUAGACAAAUUUCUGAUCGUGAAAGAAGAUUUCAUUACUAUUUUUCCGCGAGAACGGUAUAAGAGUAAGAUGAGCCCUCAACCAAUCAAAUUUGGACAAGGUUGCAAAAAAACAAUCUUGGUGAUGACAUAAUCAUGACCUAUUUGUAUGAUAACAACAUAUAUAGCCAUUUUGUGUGUUAUUAUUGUAAGAAUUAAAUGAGGUGGAUGGGAUUACAAUAACCUAUGUUAGAUUACAAUAAUCAGCUCAUGUCACACACAAAUGUUGGGAUUACAAUAACCUAUGUUGGAUUACGAUUAGUCUAUUUCGAUAAUCCACAAGCAUUAGUCUAAAAUGAAUGAAGUAUAUACACGUACACAUAUGCGUGCAGUAUACACAUCGCUCCUUUCAAUUAUCUUGUUCUCCUCUCCAUCAAGUUGGUAGAAGUUUCUUUUCGUUAACUGAUAAAAAAAAAUAGUAAAAUGGGAAGCAUUUUUUGUUUGGGUAGAGUUGUAGUUUUCGGUUGGUUGUUAUUGUUGUCGACAAGUUUAAUCAUGGCCUUUGAAGAGGGCGUCGUGGUUGACGGUGGUUCGAUUAUGGAAGAGGUGUGCAGCCGGACUUCAGAAGACAAUUUGUUGUUUUGUAUCAACUGCUUGAAAGGAAAGGUUAUGGUACAAGAACAAGAAGAAGAAGGAGGAGGACAUGAAGAUGAAAUUAAAAGAUUAGCGGGCAGACUCAUUGACUGUGCCCGCGAAACUUUCGAGGUUUCCCGGUUGUUCAUGAUAAACUUUUGCAACAAUUCCACCGGGACCAAGUUUGGAGAGGCAGGGAAAUUUUGUGUGCCAAAACUCGGCAAGGCGGAAGUCUCAUUCCAGGCGGCGCGGGAGUUCUGGAAGUAUGGUCGUAAAACAACAACAUUGCAGGAGAUUGAGAAUGGCUUCAAUGCUUUUCAUGAGUGCGCGAUCCAUGUUCCAGAUACCAUGCCCAACAUGGUUCAUGUCACACUCAAUCGUCUUAGAGUCAGAUGUGAAAUGGCUAAAGAUGUCAUCAAUUCCAUCCCUGCGGUGUAACUACUGAUGAAAUUCUAAUUUAAUAUUAAUAAA